AUGGGACGCAGCAGAAUUGCGCUGCUUCACGGCCUAGCUUUUAUUUUUCUUGUCCUCAACCUCGUCUAUGGAGACGUGAGCUACUCUAUCCCCGAAGAGAUGAAACGUGGAUCUGUAAUUGGAAAUAUCGCUAAGGAUCUGGGACUGGAUUUGGGCCAACUGUCUGCUCGCAAGGCUCGCAUCGAUACUGAAGAUAAUAGCAUGAAGUACUGCGGUGUGAAUCUCAACACCGGAGAUUUGAUCGUACAAGAAAGGAUUGACAGAGAGGGGCUUUGUGCGAAAAAGGCUUCGUGUGUCGUAAAACAGGAACUCGUACUUGAAAAUCCUUUAGAACUGCACCGUAUUAGUAUUCGAGUUCAAGAUAUUAAUGACAAUUCACCCAAAUUUAAAGAGGAGUCCCUUAAUUUUGAAAUUCAGGAAUCAGCAGUCAAAGGUGCGCAUUUUCUCUUAGAUGAGGCACACGACGGAGACAUCGGAGAAAAUGCUGUUCAGGGCUACUCGCUUCAGCAGAAUGAUCAUUUCAAAUUAAAUGUAAAGACAAAAGGCGGUGGACGAAAAUAUAGUGAAUUAGUCUUAGACAAAGAAUUAGACAGGGAGGAAAAGCAGGACAUCAUGUUAUUGCUUACCGCAUUUGAUGGUGGCUCUCCUCAGAGAUCAGGUACUGUUGUCAUACAUGUCACUGUGCAGGAUGCUAAUGAUAAUGUACCAGUGUUUAGCCAGGCCGUUUAUAAAGCCAGUCUGCCCGAAAACUCACCUCUGGAUACAUUGGUGAUCACAGUGAGUGCAACUGAUGCAGAUGAGGGAGUCAAUGGUGAGGUUAGUUAUGGAUUUGACCAUGUUUCAAAUGAAAACCAAGUUUUCUCUCUGAACUCUAAAACAGGCGAAGUUAGCGUAUCGGGAUCUAUUGAUUUUGAAAAAGAGUCGUCAUAUGAAAUGCAGAUUAGCGCAAAAGAUGGACAGGGGUUGGCGUCAUAUGCAACGGUAAUAAUUGAAAUUACUGAUAUAAAUGAUAAUGCUCCAGUUCUUUAUCUGAAAUCACUGUCUAACCCCAUACCUGAGAACGUGUCACCUGGUACAGAGGUGGGCAUC